AUGAACAAUACUACCAUAAAGACGCGAAUUGAAACUCAAUUUGCAAAUUUAUUUCCACUGGCUCAUGAGCUUCUAAAACCGUUACCGCCUGACUAUCUAUUCGAUGCUACACUUAGCUUGCAGCGAAUUCUCAAGAAAAAUAUCAAAUCUCGAACAUUAUUUUCGGCGACAGGCAAAUGGCUUACAUUUUCUGAUGAUACAGAGUAUCCUUACAAUAUUGAAUUGGGUGAAUUGGAGGCUUUAAGGAAUGUGUUUCUUAAAAGAAUAUCUCUUACGAUUAGCCCGAAUUCAACAACACAAGAGAAUUUCGUAGUUAAUGCUAUUGAGAUGAUCCAUCAAGUUAUCUCAAAUAAGUCAUGCAAAGAGCCAAUAUUUUUGAUUACAAAAUCGUCUCAAUCCUUAAAUACCAUCCUUGAAAACCUCGUCACCUCUAUCCCGGAUCUAAUUCAUUGUGGAUCAACAGAAAAAUGUUCAGACAAUUUACGCGAGCGCAAUAUCAAUUGCCUCAUGCAGAAAUCCUCAGCAGAUAAUCCCUCGCCCGACAUCAGAACUUCAAUCAAAAAAUUGAAAACGUAUGUAGAAUUCCUUAAAGCUACAAAAUCGAUUGCUAUAAGCGAUGAUUCAUUUGUUGACGCCGCUCCUCAAGAUAUCCGUGUGCAGUUCGAAGCAGACGCUAUCAAUUUACUACCGGCAUGGCUCAGGGGAAAUACUCAUCAAGAAGCAUUACGUGAUAUUGUAAAUUUGCCGAAUGCCAGUGAAUCUGCCAAUUUUGACAAACAACCGUUACCACAACUUGUCUUAGACAACUUAAGUGACGACAUAAGUAAAAUGUGGAAAAAUUAUGUAGCAAAAUUCAAAAAUAUCUGGAAGCUUCCAUUAUUUAUUCGAGAAAAGAUUAGAGAAUCGUAUGAUGAAAUAAUUACAAACCACGUACGCUCAGAAAUAAACGAAACUCUCCACGCAAUCACAAGUCUCAAAAAAUGUGUCGAGAAUAUACAUAACGUUGAAUGGCUUAACACUGUAGAACGCUCAACGUUGGUUGGCAUGAAUAUCUCUCACGCAUUACAACAUCAAAAUUCCAUCAAAAAUCUUGAACCCCGAGUUAUCAUUGUAAAUGAAGCAUCACUUAUACCUGAAGGAUUAUUAAUUCCGUUUUUGUCUUCACGUAAUCUCGAGCAUCUCAUACUAGUUGGCGAAAAAAUUUCCAUUGAAAAUGACAUCUCUCUUUUUGAACAUCUUGUAAGACAAGGGGCACCUCAUAUAAAAAUUGAUCUUCCUCGAAAAUCAAGUAGUACAUUGUCUAUAUCACAUAAAAAUCUUCACGAAUCCGAUAAUGAUCCGGUCGAUAAACCUCACACGGAAUUACCAUCACCACUUCCACGGCCUAAUAAUACACCUAAUACUGCGGCGGAUAUAAUCCAAGAUACAAAAUCAUCAUCUGCUGUUUCUAACAAGACUUCUGAUUCAGUAAAAGCGUGGUAUACAGAAAAUCUUGCAAAUUCGGCGUGGUGGUUGCCCAAAUAG